UGUCGAUAGACACCAGUCUGCUAGUUUCCAGGUCUUAUUUAACAAGUAUUCGAGGUUUCUCAAUGAAAAUGAUCCGAAAUCGCAUUGGCAACUUGUCGCGCGUGUCCGUGCAAUUGCAGCGUUAUGUCCAGCAGUUGGCCACGAACGCGGCAGUAGAGGGGUCGGCCAUCAAUGAGUUCAGGACGGCGGUCACAAAUCCCGGCGAACACUCUGAACUGCAGGUGGCCAAGUUCUACACCAUUCCUGCGGAUCAGAAGAAGCAGAUCUUCGCUGGUGGUGGUCUGCCAAAACAGUACGAGCAACAAAUCAAGACCUUCACAGAAGCUUGUUUGAUGGUCAGAAAUCCUGCCCUGGAAUUGUUGCAGUACAUCAAACACAGCGACUUAACCAAACCGGUAGUACGCUAUGUGCUGUACGGAGAAAACGGAUCAGGCAAAACGUUGACUAUGGCCCAUGUGCUGCACUAUGGAGCCCUCAACGACUUCCUGCUGGUUCACGUGCCCUGGGCACCAAACUGGAUGAAGCGGCCCAAGGAGGCGUCCAAUGCAGCAGGCCAAGAGGGCAUGAUUGACCUGCCCUUUGACGCAGCCGCCUGGUUAGUGCACUUUAAAACCCAGAACGGCAAGCUGCUACAGCAGCUGGAUCUAAAAACCAGCAAAGAGUACGUGUGGAGUAAGCGCGAGAGCACGCCAUCGGGCUCCACUCUUACUGAGCUGGUGGAGCACGGAAUAGCACGAAUCAAGUACGCCUCGGAGACAACGGCGGCACUGAUUAAUGAACUAAAACAACUUUCCACUGCCGGAAAAUGCAAAGUGAUGGUGGCAAUCGACGGCUUCAAUGCCUUCUUUCAUCCAGUUACCCGCAUUUUCUCUGACAACAAACAGCGCGUAACUCCAGAUCGAAUCACACUUACGCAGCCCUUCCUGGACAUCACCAACUACGACUGGACGAACGGAGUGUGCAUACUGUCUGUGGACAAGAUUGCAAUGACCGAAGGACACAUGGAGUCAUAUUUGCCCCGCUAUUUACUUGGCCAGGAGGGCUUUGAGCACUUGGAUCCUUUCGUGCCCAUCCACGUAGAGAACUACACGGACAAAGAGUUCCACAGCUACAUCAACUACUACCUCGACCGCCACUGGAUCAACAAGACACCGGAGGGGUUCGAGGAACAGCUAAAGUUCAUGAGCAACAAAAAUCCCUAUUCGCUAAUGCAGCUUGUGAGGGCAUUGUAGAGUUUGAUUAUCCUAUUUUUGUUAGUCAAUAAAGUUAAAUAAUUUCUUAAA